AUGGAUUCUCUGGGCUCAUCACCUCGAAAAGGCUCCUCUGCCGAACCAACUCUUCCAACAAUGAAACCCUACUCCCUCGCGGGCUCCAAGCGCUCAGCACCGAGUCUCCUCCCGCCCUUUGAGCCACUCUCGUCAUCUCCAAACCUCCCUCGACCCGUGAAGCGACAAAAUCUCGGUUCUGGCCGCUCCUCGUCGCGAGCUCACCUCAAAUACCCUACUCCUGUUCCCACGUCGAGUACAGGUAUCCUCUCGAGUUCCCCGCCUCAACGGUCCGCUACCGCUUCCGAGCGUGCCCCGCUCGCUACCGUCCCCGCUGUCGAACUCUCGGAAAACGGCGAGACCCUCAUCAUGGGCCGAUCGUCCAAUUCGUCACACUACCAGAUCUCCGCUGACCGCCUCGUCUCCCGCGUCCACGUAAAGGCUCGCUUCGUCGCUGCUGCGAGUCCGCUUGAGCCCAGUAAGAUCGAAAUCGUCUGCAAUGGCUGGAAUGGUCUCAAGUUGCAUAGCCAGGGUCGUACUUGGGAGCUGUACAAGGGCGAUAGCUUCACCAGUGAAACAGAGGGCUCCGAGAUCAUAAUUGAUGUGCAAAACUCGCGUGUUCUCGUCCAAUGGCCCAAGCGGGCUCUUGACCAUCUCUCCGACACCACUUGGGAUUCUCCUCCCUGCCAGGCUCGUGCCCAGGCGAUUCUUCAGUCUUCCCCUCCUCGCCGCGCUUCUCGUAUUGCUUCUCCCGAGAGCCCCACGCCUGCUAGUCUCUCUAGCUCCCGCCGCCUCCAGGCUCUGCUCCCCGGACAGCGUGACAUAGAAAUCUACGAGGACGAUGCUGAGCUUGAGCUCCCUGAGCACAAGCAUGAUCCUACUAACAUUAAUGUCAGCAUGUGCACCGAUGUGACUGCCAGCUUCAGCAGUGAGGUCAGUGAUGGUGAAGACCACAACCCCGAUGAGGAGAAUGAUCCUAUCGUGCACUCUUUCGGGCCUUUCGGCGCCGACAUUUCCUGCCGGUUGGCUUCGAUAACGACAAAGUCUCCCAAGGUGUUCAAGGGUGUCAAGCGUGCCAACCCUCUCCACAGCGCCAUUGCUUCCGAUCUGUUCGCUCCUCGUCAGAUUCCUGCUCCUCCUCAGUCUCCUCGCAAGCAGCAGGCUAGGACAGAGUCUCCACUCUCGUCUCCUCCUCGAAUGUCUUCUCCGACUCCGGAGAUCUUCAGGAUGUCCUUCGAGUCCCACCCUGCCGUUGGCAACCAUGUCAUCAACCAGCUCGCCUUCUCCCGUCUGUCUUCGACUCCUCUGUCCACCAUCAUGGCCCACCUCCCCUCGGAGGAGAAGCAAGACCUUUCCAAGGACGAUCUCCGUGAUGUUAUCGAGAGUACACCCUGCAUUGGUAUCAUCAAGCGUCAGGGCAAGGACGCAGCCGGCAAGCCUCUUGAGAGCGAGUACUACUAUGUCCCUGAGGAAGAUGACGACCAGCAGCGUCGCGCCGCAGUCGUCGAUGGCCUUCGCAAGCCCAGUCUCCGCGCUUGUCGCAAGCAACACAAGCAAUACUACUGGAAGCGUCCCAAGACUCCUUGA